UAGACCGGUGGCGCACUCGUCCUGCAAAGUUCACCCAGAAGGACGUUCGUGUAGACACAGAUCCAGUCAUGCAGAAGUCUAAGGAUAUGGGCUCCUCGAUCAUCCACACGCAGCAGCUCCAUGCUGCGAUGGCGGACACCAUGAUCGAGCACAUGUGUCUCCUGGACAUCGACUCUGAGCCUGCUGUGUCUCGCAACACUGGCAUCAUCUGCACCAUUGGACCGGCCUCCCGAUCCAUGGAGAUGGGCAAGGAGAUGAUCAAGGCUGGGAUGAACAUUGCAAGAAUGAAUUUCUCUCAUGGCACACAUGAGUAUCACGCCGAGACCAUCAAGAACAUCCGUGCAGCCACUGAGAGCUUUACACCUGGCUCUGUGGAGUACAGACCAGUGGCUAUUGCUCUGGACACAAAAGGACCAGAAAUCAGGACUGGACUGAUCAAAGGGAGUGGUACUGAGGAAGUUGAACUGAAGAAGGGUGAUACUAUUAAGAUCACACUCGAUGACCAGUACAAGGACAAGUGUGACGAGAAAGUCCUGUGGCUCGACUACAAAAACAUUACUAAAGUCGUCCAGACCGGCAGCCAUAUCUACGUGGACGAUGGUCUCAUUUCCCUCAAGGCCACUCAGAUCGGCGGUGACUUCAUUAUGUGUGAGAUUGAGAAUGGCGGCAUGCUCGGCAGUAAGAAGGGUGUGAACCUGCCCGGGGCUGCCGUGGACCUGCCCGCUCUGUCAGAGAAGGACAUUCAGGACCUGCAGUUUGGCGUGGAGCAGGGUGUUGACAUGAUCUUCGCCUCCUUCAUCCGCAAGGCCGCCGACGUAGAGGCUGUCAGGAAGGUGCUUGGCGAGAAGGGCAAAGACAUCAAGAUCAUCAGCAAACUGGAGAACCACGAGGGAGUGCGCAGAUUCGAUGAGAUCCUGGAGGCCAGUGAUGGCAUUAUGGUUGCCCGUGGAGAUCUGGGUAUCGAAAUCCCCACAGAGAAAGUGUUCCUGGCUCAGAAGAUGAUGACUGGCAGAUGCCUCAGAGUCGGCAAGCCCAUCAUCUGCGCCACCCAGAUGCUGGAAAGCAUGACCAAGAAGCCCCGCCCUACUCGUGCUGAGGCCAGUGAUGUGGCCAACGCUGUCCUGGAUGGAAAUGACUGCAUCAUGCUGAGUGGAGAGACAGCCAAGGGAGACUACCCUCUGGAGGCAGUGCGCACACAUCACAUGAUUGCCCGUGAGGCUGAGGCUGCCAUGUUCCACAGGCAGAUGUUUGAGGAGCUGCGCCGCACCUCUCACCUGACCCGGGACCCCACAGAGUCUGUUGCUAUUGGCGCUGUUGAGGCCUCCUUCAAAUGCUGUGCCAGUGCCAUCAUUGUGCUCACCAAGACUGGAAGGUAA